AUGCCGCUGAACGACGCCACCAAGGAUAUUUUGGCCGGUACCACGGGUGGUGUGGCACAGGUACUGGUGGGUCAACCAUUUGAUAUCGUGAAAGUGCGUGUGCAGACUGCGCCCCAUGGCACGUAUAGUGGCAUUUUGGACUGUGUCUCGCACAUUCUGCGUGACGAAGGCCCAUUGGCCUUUUACAAGGGCACGACCAUGCCACUGAUUGGUGUAGGUGCUUGCGUAUCGAUUCAGUUUGGCGUUGUUCAGUGGAGCAAGCGCCUUUUCGCCAGCAUGAAUGCCAAGCAGAGUCCGACCCAGCAAAUCACACCGCUGCAGCAGUAUACGGCCGGUCUGCUGGGCGGUGUUGCCAACAGCUGGGUGGCUGGACCCGUUGAGCAUGUGCGUAUUCGAAUGCAAACGCAAAAGGGCCACGACAUACGUGGUCCCUUUGAUUGUGUCCGCCAGAUCGUGCAAAAGGCCGGCGUAACGGGCGUAUUUCGUGGCAUGGGACCCACUCUCCUCCGUGAAGGUCACGGCAUGGGCGUCUAUUUCUUGACAUACGAAUACAUUGUGCAACAGCGUCUCAAAGCACUCGGCAUCUCGCGUGAUCAGGUUCCUAUCUCCACGUCCAUGGUGGCAGGCGGCUUGUCCGGCAUCUUGCUCUGGAUGAUGAUUUACCCGAUCGAUGUGGUCAAAUCUUACAUGCAGACAGAUGCCAUCGAGCCAAGUAAGCGCCAAUUCCGCUCUUCGCUCGAUGUUGUACGAUACAUCAAUGCAUCGUACGGCCUGAAAGGCUAUGUGCGCGGUAUUGAGCCUACACUACUUAGGGCUCCCUUCGUGAAUGCCGCUACCUUUGUCGCUUUUGAACUGGCUAUGCAGAAACUAUCGCUCUUUUAA